AUGAAUAUUUGUCACCCCGGUGCUCCUAUGGGCUUGGCUCCUGCUGCCCACGUUCUUUUUAACAAAUUCCUGAACUUCAACCCCAAGAACCCCAAGUGGGCUAACCGGGAUCGAUUCGUUCUUUCAAACGGCCACGGCUGCUUGCUUCAAUAUUCUUUGCUCCACCUUUUCGGAUACGCCCUCAGUAUUGAUGACUUGAAGGCCUUUCGUCAACUCGGCAGUAUCACCCCCGGUCACCCCGAGGCCCACGAAACCCCUGGUAUUGAGGUCACCACCGGCCCUCUGGGUCAGGGUUUCGCCAAUGCCGUCGGUCUCGCCAUUGCUCAGGCUCACACCGGCGCUGUUUUCAACAAGCCAGGCUACAAUCUUUUUGACAAUUACACAUAUACCAUCUUCGGUGAUGGUUGCGCUAUGGAAGGUGUUGCCAGCGAGGCCGCUAGCACAGCUGGUCACUUGAAGCUUGGUAACCUGAUUGCUCUAUACGAUGACAACCAUAUUUCCAUUGAUGGUGACACCAAGUGUGCCUUCACUGAAGACGUGUUGAAGCGUUUCGAAGCCUACGGCUGGCACACUCUCGAGGUCAAGGAUGGUAACCAUGAUCUCCAGGGCAUCGAAGAGGCCAUCCGCAAGGCCCAGCAGGUCAAGGAUAAGCCCUCCGUCAUCAAGAUCACUACUACCAUUGGUUUCGGUUCUAAGCUCCAGGGUACUGGUGGCGUCCACGGAAACGCCCUGAAGGCUGACGACGCCCAGCAUGUCAAGCAGUCUUUCGGCUUUGACCCCAAUCAGAGCUUCGUCGUUCCUCAGGCCGUGUACGACCUGUACAGCAAGAGAGCCGCUGAAGGCGCUGCCAAAGAGCAGGAAUGGAACACCCUGUUCCAGAAGUACGGCUCUGAGUACAAGACCGAGCAUGCUGAUUUGGUCCGCCGUCUUGCCGGCAAGCUUCCCGAGGGCUGGGAGAAGAACCUUCCUACCUACAAGCCCACUGAUGCCGCCAUUGCAUCUCGUAAGUUGGGCGAAACUGUCUUGGAGAAGAUCUACGAGGCUAUCCCCGAGCUCCUCUCCGGUUCUGCCGAUCUGACUGGCUCCAACAACACUCGCUGGAAGAAGGCAGUUGACUUCCAGCCCCCAGAGUACGGCAUUGGUGAAUGGAGCGGUCGUUAUCUCCGCUACGGUGUGCGUGAACACGCCAUGGGUGCCAUAAUGAACGGUCUCGCCGCAUAUGGCACCGUUAUCCCAGCUGCCGGUACUUUCCUCAACUUCGUCUCCUACGCUGCCGGUGCCGUCCGUCUGUCGGCCCUGUCUCAGGUCCGCACUAUCUGGGUCGCCACUCACGACUCCAUUGGUCUGGGUGAGGACGGUCCUACUCAUCAACCUAUUGAGACCCUUGCACACUUCCGUGCUCUCCCCAACUUGAUGGUCUGGCGUCCCGCCGACGGUAAUGAGACCAGCGCUGCCUAUUACUCGGCCCUCACCUCCACCCACACUCCUAGUAUACUCGCCCUCACCCGUCAGAACCUUCCUCAACUCCAGAAUUCCACCAUCGAGUCUGCCUUGAAGGGUGGUUACGUUGCCGUCGACGCCGAGAACGCUGCUAUCACCAUCGUCUCCACCGGUUCCGAGGUUAGCAUUGCUAUUGAUGCUGCCCAGUACCUUAAGGAGAAGCACAACAUCGCUGCCCGCGUUGUCUCUAUUCCUUGCUUUGAGGUAUUCGACUCCCAGUCUAAGGAGUACCGUCUGUCGGUUCUCCCCGACGGCAUUCCCGUGCUGUCCGUCGAGGCUCUUUCGACCAUGGGUUGGGAGCGGUACUCUCACGAGCAGUUCGGUCUGAACCGUUUCGGUGCCUCUGGUCCAUACAAGGAGGUUUACGCUAAAUUCGAAUUCACUCCCGAAGGCAUCAGCAAGCGCGCAAUCGCCACUAUCGACUUCUGGAAGGGCGUCAACCCUCGCUCGCCCAUCAACCGUGCUUUCCAGCAACUCAUAUAA